AUGCAGACAGAAGACAUCAUCAUCGGCGGCGACGCAAAUGCCAGUAGCAUCUGGUGGGGUUGCAAGGCGGAUGACAACAGAGGAACACAGGUUAUGGAAACUUUGGCGGAACUCAAUUUGGAGGUACUAAAUACAGGAAAAGUGCCUACUUUUAGUGCAUACAGAAAAGACACUCUCUGUUCCAGCAUCAUAGAUAUUACCGCCUGUACAACAUCACUCUUGCACAAAGUCGAGAAUUGGAGAGUUGAUGAUUCUUUCUGCAAUUUAUCUAAUCAUAAGCCAAUUCUUUUCAAAUUGAGUACGUCAACUUCUUUUAAUGCGAUAAAAUUCAACAGCACCAGGAAAUACAACACAAGGAAAGCAAACUGGUGUCGUUUCGACUCUGAAUUUAAGAAGGCAUUAGACGAAAAUGGUCUGACCAAGGAAAGAAUAGGAAAAAUCGGAGCGACAGAGGAGGUUGACGAAAUCGUUAAAAAAUAUACAGAAAGCAUAACAAAAGCAUGUGAUGUGGCGAUUCCAAAAAUGGAAAGAAAACAGAUACCAAAAGCAGCUAAAUGGUGGAAUGCCGAAAUUAAAGAAAAAAAGGAGAUAACGAUCAGAUUAAGAAGGAGAAUAAGUAAUGCACACCCUGCAAGAAAAAACUGGGUUAUAGAACAAUAUCUCGAAGCACGACAACAAUACAAGAAAAGCAUAGAAGAUGCCACAACCAAAAGUUGGAAAGAACUGUGUACGAACGAGCAGAAAGAAAACGUGUGGCAACGCACAUAUCGCAUAUUGAAGGUCUGCUCUAAUAUAGAGGGAGAUAAACUACUUAAAGACCGAAAUGGGGCAAUCUUAUCAGAAAAAGAGUCGGCAACACUUCUAGCUGAAACUUUUUAUCCUAAAGACAGCUCAAACACCGAUACAGAGAAACAAAAUGAAAUUAGAAUAAAAACAAAGGAACUUAUAGCACAACUCGCAAAUAAUGCAAUAGAAGUUAAGACACCAUUUGCCAGAACUGAAAUACACCAGAUACUAAGUAACAUGAACGCGAAAAAAGCCCCAGGAGAAGACGGCCUAACAUCCGAAAUAUGCCAAGCUGCUUAUAAUAGUGAUCCAGAGGUUCUGGAACUCCUCUACAACAAGUGCCUCCAACUAGGAUAUUUUCCCAAAACCUGGAAAAAAGCAACCAUUAAGAUAAUCCCUAAGCCCAGUAAAGAAGAUUACACCAAUCCAAAAGCAUAUAGACUUAUUGGUUUGCUACCAGUACUAGGUAAGAUACUGGAAAAACUUUUUACGAAUAGAGUCCAGUGGCAAUUAGGAAAAGACGAAAUGAUGAACCAAAGACAGUAUGGAUUCACUCCACAGAGAAGCACCGAGGAUGCGUUAUAUGACACUAUAACAUUAAUCAAGAAUGGACUAAGGAAGAAAGAAAUAGUAAUACUAGUGUCAUUAGAUAUUGAGGGCGCAUUUGACAACGCAUGGUGGCCCGCAAUUAUUACAGAACUCAGAAACAAACAGGUUGAACCUACGGCAACGGAAAACUCUGCAGCCCACGUACAUGCCUUUGCUGACGACAUCUUAAUAAUAGCCUCAAAUAAAGAUGGCCAACAAUUAGAAAAAGAUGUAAACGAUACUCUUAAAAUAAUUUUAGAAUGGGGAGAUAAAACACAAGCUAAAAUUUGCCCCACAUAA